AUGAAGGCUCAGCUCUCCUCUCAGGGCUGGCUCUUCAAACUCCACUCCAACACCACCAGAGUCGGCAGACAUGAGGACAGCGACCUCUGUUUACGGAAUGCUGGAGUGGAGGAUCGCCAUGCCCUGAUCGAGUGGCGUGAGGGGGAGGGGCUUAGGGGGGAGGGCAGCUACGUGCUGACGGACCUUAACUCCGCCCACGGCACCUACGUCAACGGUUGCCGCGUCCACAACGCCAGCGUCGGCCUAUCACACGCUGACCUGCUGCACUUCGGAUACGGAGGACCCGCCUACCAACUCUCAUUGGAGACCAGCACACCGCUUCCCCAGUUGCCAAGGCACCAGAGCCCCGCCCCUCCUGUGUGUGUUUGGGGAGGAGCUACCAGCCCUACUGCAAGGACGCCCCGCCCCCCAUCCAGAAGCCCCACCCCCAGAAUACGACCAGCCAGCGCAGGAGCCAGGAGACCAGGAAGUUGGUGUGGCGCCACAGGAAGUAGAGGAUCCAAAUCAUCAGCUGCAACUCAGAACACUCACACUCUACAGCGCCUCCUGCAGGAGAAGGAGGAGUGUGUGUGUCGUCUGGAAGAGGAGGUGGGUCGUCUGCGUGUGUGUGAGAGCGAGUGUGUGAGGAAGGAACGCCUCAUCUCCUCGCUACGGGACGAAGUGGCCGAGCUCACACACACACAGGCGGAGCUGACACACACACUCACACACGCGCAGGCCCAAGCGGACCUCACACACACACUCAGCAACCUGCAGACCGACGUCACACUCAAGACUCAGCAGAUACUGGAGCUCACCGAACAGACUGAGCAGUGUAGGUUGGCAGUGACAGAGAGAGACUUAAAGAUCAGCACCCUCAGAAGCCAACUGGACAAACUGAAGACGGAACACACCAGGAACACAGGCCUGGUGACUAGUCUUCAGCAUGACCUGUCGAGUAGAGACUCACACACAGUCAAGCUGACCGCUGAGAUGGAGAGACUGAGACACGACAUCAGACACAAGGACGCACAACUACACAACAUCUCUAACAAGUUCUCCAAGAAGCAGCAGUCUGAGUCUCUGGCCCACCAGAAUGAAGUCAACACCCUCAAAAAGAGUGUGGAGUCAUUGGAGGUGUGUGUGAGCGACACACACAGAGACCUGAGACUCACCCGAGCAGACAGAGACACACUGAGGAGCACCCUGGACCGCAAAACACAGGAGCUAUCAGGCCUCAGUGUGGAACUGGACAAACUGAAACAGCAACUUUCUGAAGUACAGACCAACACACAGGAACAAGGUGCCCUGGCCUCGAGAAUUGGCACUUUGAUGAUCCGCCCGCCGCAUGGACAGUCGCUCUCCAGCGAGAGCCGCACCAUCACCAGAAGCUCCUGCUAG